AUGACAGUAUCUUGGAGCGCCGACAUGGACCAACGCCUCCUCAUGGCAGUGCUGGCUGUGGUCAAACUUGAUACAGCCGCUGUAGAGGAGAAAUGGAAGGAGCUUUUCAAAUUCGAGGACAUCACUCAGCCCACGAAACGUGCAAUUGUAGAGCAUAUUGCCAAGCUCAAGAAGGCCUUGGGCAUUUCUGGAGGCAAGACGCCGUCUGGCGAUGCUGCUUCGACUCCAACGAAGCCGAAAGCAAAGGGGAUUGGAAAGGCUGCACGCAAGCCAAAGAAUGGCUCGAAGUCCCCAAAUUCUCCAAGGAAGGAAGAUCGUGACGACACAGAGAAGCCAGCCGACAUCAAAGAUGAGCGCAUGGACUCACCAAUGUAG